CCACUAUUACAUCUCAAAAAUUUCAACUUGAAAACCCCGAGAGAGGGAGAGAGAGAGAGAGAGAGAGGGGGGGGGGACAAAGGAAACUGAAAGUGGCAGCUGCUGCAACAAUUUCCAGUCAACAAGAGAUGAGCCUCGUGACCGAAUCGCCAGUUCACUCAUCGAGCAGUGACGACUUUGCAGCGUAUCUCGAUGCGUCACUGGAUUCCGGUUCCUCCGAAGAAGCUGAAGAUGCCAAUGACGACCUCGAAACCCAAAGGAUAAAGAGAUGCAAGGUGGAGAAGUCGGAAAACGUAGAGGAAGUUCAGGGGUCAACUUCACAAACAUCAUCCCUAAAACAAACCGUAGAAGCAUCCGUAGAGAAGGAUCUAUGUACACAUCCUGGUUCUUUUGGAGACAUGUGUAUACUUUGUGGGCAAAGGUUGGCUGAGGAAUCUGGUGUUACAUUUGGGUAUAUUCACAAGGGACUAAGGCUUCAGAAUGAUGAAAUCACCAGACUGAGAAACACAGACAUGAAGAAUUUGUUACGCCAUAAGAAGCUUUGCUUGGUUCUUGAUCUAGAUCAUACGCUGCUAAAUUCUACUCAACUUAUGCAUAUGACGUCCGAAGAGGAAUAUUUAAAGGCCCAAACAGAUUCUCUGAAAGAUGUCUCAAAAGGCAGCCUCUUCAUGCUGGAUUUUAUGCAUAUGAUGACCAAGUUAAGGCCCUUUGUUCGCACGUUUUUAAAAGAAGCAAGUGAGAUGUUUGAGAUGUAUAUUUAUACAAUGGGUGAUCGGGCCUAUGCAUUGGAAAUGGCUAAGCUGCUUGAUCCUCAAAGAGAGUACUUCAGUGAUAGAGUGAUUUCACGAGAUGAUGGCACCCAUAGACAUCAAAAGGGUCUUGAUGUCGUGCUGGGGCAAGAAAGUGCAGUUCUGAUUCUUGAUGAUACAGAAAAUGCAUGGACGAAGCACAAGGACAAUUUGAUAUUGAUGGAAAGAUAUCACUUCUUUGCUUCAAGUUGCCACCAAUUUGGCUUCAGUUGUAAAUCUCUUUCUGAGUUGAAGAGUGAUGAGAGUGAGACUGACGGAGCACUUGCUACUAUUCUUAAAGUUCUUAAGCAAAUCCACAAUAUGUUUUUUGAUGUACUUGAGGAUAAUCUUGUUGACAGAGAUGUUAGGGAGGUUCUGAAAACAAUUAGGAAAGAAACCCUGAAGGGGUGUAAAAUCGUCUUUAGCCGCGUGUUUCCCACAAAAUUCCCGGCAGAUAAUCACCAUCUCUGGAGGAUGGCAGAGAAUUUGGGAGCUACUUGUGCAACGGAGCUCGAUUCAUCAGUGACGCAUGUGGUCUCUACAGAUGGUGCAACAGAGAAAUCUCGUUGGGCAGUGAAACAGAACAAGUUUUUGGUCCAUACAGGGUGGCUAGAAGCUGCAAAUUAUCUGUGGCAAAAGCAACCUGAAGAGAACUUUCCUGUCAACCAAACAAAGAGCCAAUAACUAACACCUUUGUAUGUCAAUGCUAACUCUUGGUGGUGAUGCUCUCCAGCAGUGUAGACCAAAGAGGAUCUAAACCUACCAUUUUCUUUUAGACCUUUGAAUGGUUAAUUAUGUUUCAUAGAAAAGGUGGAUUGGGGUUGGAUGAUUUUCAAUCACCUAAUAGGUUGAAAAAAAACUAAUCAGUGGACUAAUUGUUUGGACACUCUGUUGGAUCCUGAUCUAUUUUUUUGUAUAUAAAUUUUCUAGAUGCCUUUUUAGAGAGAUUUGAAGUAA